CCUCUCUAUAUGUUGUGUGCUCUAACCCAAAAACAAGAGCUUAUCUUGCAUAAGAGAUUUAACUGUGAGCCAUACUGCAGUCCAUGGAUCCAUGAUGGGGUUGUGGAUGCUGCUUCUUCUGCAUUUACACCUUGGCAAUGCUCCCUGGAUUAAAGUGCUGUGUGCUUCCCUCCCCGCGCCUUCCAACGUCGCCAUCUCUUCCUUUAACAUGGAGCAUAAACUUAGCUUCCUACCUGGCCCCGGGACCCCCUCCAACACCCACUUCACUGUUGAAAUCCUUAAGCAGACCCACCUCAGGAAGAGCUUGUGGAGAUCAGUGACUGGAUGUUCUGAGCUGACUGCUGGACAGACAUGUAACCUAACCAGAGCGUUCAAGUACCCGUUCAGUCAGUACCGAGCCCGCGUCCAGGCCUUCACAUCCAUCCAGAGAUCCAACUGGACUGUGUCUGAGCAGUUCCAGCCUCUGUCAGACACUGUGCUGGGACCUCCUGAUGUGUCUGUGUCCGGCUGUGGGAACUGUUUGCUCCUGCAGCUCAGAGUUCCUACAACAAGGGGCCUCCAGUACCACCAGCAACUGAGGGACCUCUACAGAGAACUUGUCUUCCAUGUGCAAAGGACUAGGGAUGGUGCACAGUUCAGACUGAUUGUGCCUUACAAAGAGGAGAUCAUGAUCACAUACUUGCAGCCAGGUGUGGAGUACUGUGUGACCUUCUCCGUGACAGCGCUCUUCAACACCAACUCUGUCUCCAGUAAACCUCACUGUGCCUUCACCAGCCCUCCUCUGCACAGGAGCUCAUUGUACGUGGUCUUCAGCCUGCUGGGUGUGUUCUGUGCACUGGGGUUUCUCCUCAUCGGAUUGAUUGUCUACGGCGGUCAGCUGAGCUUCAAAUUACUAAGACACCUACCCAGAACUCUGUCAAAAAGGGAGCAUCCAUAGGCACAUGGACAGACUGUUCUACCUGAGUCAUACUUCCUUCUCCAUGGCCAGAAUGGUGGAUUGGACCUCCCGAACUCUCAGGCCAAAUUUCCGACUGCUCACAGUUGUGUGGAACCUGUGGGGGAUGUACGGUUUAGUAUCAGAGUGAGAUGUUUUGUAAAUUGUACUUAUCCAGUUUUAUGGCAAAAUUUCUAAUUUCCUCCGACUCCUCUUCGGAUUUUUUAAAUGAGUUUCAUGUGGAUGAAGUUACUGUCUGUGAAAGGACUUCCAUAUGCCCAAGAAUAACUGGGACAAAUGAGGAGGAAAAGAAUACACUUUGGAAAUGCCUUAACCGAUGCAUGAAAUUCAACCUGAACAGCUGAGACAUAUAGGAAUAAUCAUAAAAAGCCAGCUGCAUAGUUCAUGCAUUAGUUGGAGUAUUAUUACUGUAAAGAGUUAUUCUGUGUGUUUUAAGGGUAGAGUUUUAUCUUUUCUUAAAUGCUGUUGUCCAUUGUUCUAUCCUUCUUCAUUCUUUAUUUUGUUACUGCUGUUGCUGAUUUGUUUAUUCAACAAAUGUUUUUGGCUGUCUUGCCCUCAUCAGAGUGAUGAUGUCUUUUUAAGGUGCCUGGUGAGUGCAAGAUAUCAAAACCAUCUGGUGAAUUAAGUGUGGUGUGCUGGUGAAGAGUUGCAUGACUUGGUUAACAAAUGGACUAGCACCGAUGCUAACACAACAUUUGUAUAUGUGUGUGUUCUCAAUGUUAUAAACUGGAAAGCUUUUCAUCAGCCAUUAAUGUAAUUACAGUUCUUUCAUAGUCAUUUCCCCAAUAAAGAAAACUUCACCCAGUAAACAGAGAUAGUCUGCGGGUGUAUUAUCAGUG